AGUAGGUGAAGGUGAACCAAAAAAAUUUCUAUCAAGGUUAAUUUCCAUGUCAAACAAGAGCUGCUUACUUUGACCCCAAAUUGUCUUAUACUCCUGUGUAUUAUGUAAUCCAACUUUCUUUCCACAGUUUAGGUUUCUUGUAAAAGUGAUCAACAUCUUGAGGAGAGAGCCUUUUACAUCCAAGUUGUCUUGAGCUUUUGCUCUUGCCUCCUCAAGCCAGAAAAUGGGCAAGAACAAGAAGCUAGCACUCUUGUUCCUUUCUAUAGCUGCCAUCGUUAUGGAAGAAGCAAUGUUCCACACUGUUGGAGCUGAACCAGUGGAAGAUAAACAAGGUUUGCUUGAUUUCCUUCACAGCAUGAACCACCCUCCACACAUAAACUGGGAUGAGAACUCUUCUGUUUGCCAAACCUGGAAAGGAGUGAUCUGCAACACUGACCAAUCCAGAGUCAUAGCUCUUCAUUUACCUGGAGCUGGAUUAAGUGGUCCAAUUCUACCCAACACUCUUAGUCUCCUCACAGCACUUGAAAUUGUGAGUCUCAGAUCAAAUGGGAUAACAGGCCCUUUCCCUGAUGGUUUCUCUGAGCUAAAAAACUUGUCUGGUCUCUAUCUCCAAUCCAACAAGCUUUCUGGCCAUUUGCCAUUGGAUUUCUCUGUUUGGAAAAAUCUUACUUUCAUCAAUUUAUCCAACAAUUCUUUCAAUGGGAGCAUCCCAAUUUCAAUUUCAAAUCUGACCCAUCUGAAUUCUUUAGUCCUUGCCAACAACUCACUUUCUGGUGAGAUUCCUGAUCUCAAUGUUCCCACCACCCUGCAAGAGCUGAAUUUAGAAAACAAUAACCUUACUGGGGUUGUGCCUAAAUCACUUCUUAGAUUCCCAAGUUCAACUUUUUCUGGUAAUAAUCUUACAUCAUCAGAAAAUGCACUUCCUCCAGAAGCACCUAAUGCAGAUGUAAAGAAGAAAAGCAAAGGACUCAGUGAACCUGCACUGUUGGGGAUCAUCAUUGGUGCUUGUGUUCUGGGAUUUGUGGUGAUUGCAAGUGUUAUGAUUGUGUGUUGCUAUGACCAUGCUGAUGUAUAUGGCGAACCGGCGAAGCAACAUAAAAAGGAAGCUUCUGGGAAAGCAAAAUCUUCUGAAAGUCAAGACAAGAACAAAAUUGUGUUCUUUGAAGGUUGCAAUUUUGCAUUUGAUUUGGAGGAUCUUCUGAGGGCCUCUGCUGAGAUUCUUGGAAAGGGUAGCUUCAGCACGACGUAUAAGGCGGCUCUGGAGGAUGCAGCCACCGUGGCGGUGAAGAGGUUGAAGGAGGUCACUGCUGGGAAAAGAGAGUUUGAACAGCAGAUGGAGGUGGUGGGGAGAAUUAAGCACGAGAACGUGGAUGCUUUGAGUGCAUAUUACUACUCUAAGGAGGAGAAACUUGUAGUAUCUGAGUACCAUCAACAAGGAAGCGUUUCUGCUAUGUUACAUGGCAAAAAUGGCGAGGGGAGGAUUUCUUUAGAUUGGGACACCCGUUUGAGAAUAGCAAUUGGUGCAGCAAGAGGCAUUGGUUACAUCCAUGCCCAACAAGGAGGGAAACUCGUCCAUGGAAACAUUAAAGCCUCAAACACAUUCCUCAACUCACAAGGAUACGGUUCUGUAUCUGACACAGCCUUAGCAACACUGAUGAGUCCAUUACCCUCACCACCAGGCACGCGAACAGCAGGGUACCGUGCACCGGAAGUAACUGACACGCGCAAAGCAACACAAGCAUCCGAUGUGUACAGUUUCGGGGUCCUUCUACUCGAGCUUUUAACUGGGAAAUCACCAACAUAUUCAGCAGAAGGCGAGCAAGUUGUGAACUUGGUGAGGUGGGUGAAUUCUGUGGUGAGAGAGGAGUGGACUGCAGAAGUGUUUGAUGUGGAGCUGUUGAGGUUUCCAAAUAUUGAGGAAGAGAUGGUGGAGAUGCUGCAGAUUGGGAUGGCUUGUGCUGCAAGAAUGCCAGAUCAGAGGCCGAAAAUGAAUGAUGUGGUGAGAAUGAUUGAGGGGAUUCGGAGGGGAAAUACUGGAAAUCAAGCUUCGCCCACUGAGUCUAGAUCAGAAGCCUCUACACCAACAGUAUAUGCAACUUGAGACACUAUUAAGUUCUACUUGUGUUCCAUACAUUCUUUUGUUUUGGUUGAUAGUUCUUAGUUGUUUAGAUGCAAUCAGUGUUCUCAAUUUGUGUUGUUGAGUGGAGAAAUAGUAUCGAUCGCUUGGGUUUCUGAAGUUAGUGGUAAGUAAUUAAGCUGCCACAUUGAGUAGAUGGCAAAUCGAAUUGGUUCUUUUGCUAAUGACCAAUGUAUACUACUGAUGUGUUUGGUUCAAGUGGUAUAUGUUUCAUAUCUCAA